AUGCAAUGGGCUACUGCAAACUCGUCGGUCGUCGACAGCUACCUCAGAGCUAAGGUUGCAGCAUCUCGUGUGUUCUGUCCAAUGACGCCUUGCGUUUCAACAGUUCAGGCAGCGCAGAGUCUUUUGCAUCUGGUUCUUGGAGCACUGAUGGCUAAGAUCGACAUAAAGAGUGCCUAUCGCCAAAUCCUGGAACAGCAGCUUAAGCACAAGACCAUCAUAUGCUGCAUAUCUGCCGUACGUCACGUACAUAUUCUAUAUGGCCAUAAAGAUCUGUUUGCGUCUGCUCUUCCACAACUGACAUAUGUUCUGCGUGGAGUGCGUCGCUCGCAGGGUGAAGGCCCCACCCGUCAACGCCUUCCUAUCACACCGAAGGAGCUGCGCGCGACCAAGCCCGCCUGGUCUCAGCAGCCUUUCAGCUACGAUACGGUUAUGCUCUUGGCAGCUUUCUGCCCGGGUUCAUUCGGCUUUCUUAGAGUGAGCGAAUUCACCGUGUCAUCAUUUUCGUCCUUCGAACAUGCAUCUCACUUCACAUCUCAGGAUAUUACGACCGACUCUCACGAGAAUCCAUUCCUUGUACGUUUGCACCUCAAGUGGACAAAGACUGACCUCUUCUGCCGUGGUGCCGAUAUAUAUCUUGAACGGAGCGCUAAUGACAUCUGCUCGGUAUCAUCGCUCUUGGCAUACAUGGUUGACAGGAGUGCUCGUUCGGGGCUGUUCUUCAUAUUUAUCGACAGCUGUUCUCUAUCCAGCGUCAGACUGGUGCAAGAGGUGCAGCGGGCGUUGUCGUCAGAAGGUUUAGAUUGCUCAGGGUAUACAGGCCACAGCUUUCAAAUCGGUGCCGCUACUACAGCCAAGGCCGUUGGCAUAGACGACUCUACCAUCAAGAAGUUGUUACAGUGA